GCGGGGAUCGCGCUGUCUAACUCCAAGACUCAGAGAAAGAGCUCUCAGGAUGCCAGAGCCAGCAAAGUCCACCUCUGCCCCCAAAAAGGGCUCCAAGAAAGCCGUGACGAAGACCCAGAAGAAGGGCGAUAAGAAGCGGCACAAGAGCAGGAAAGAGAGCUACUCCAUCUACGUCUACAAGGUGCUGAAGCAGGUUCACCCCGACACCGGCAUCUCCUCCAAGGCCAUGGGCAUCAUGAACUCCUUUGUCAACGACAUAUUUGAGCGCAUCGCUGGAGAAGCCUCCCGCCUGGCCCAUUACAACAAGCGCUCCACCAUCACCUCCCGGGAGAUUCAGACGGCCGUGCGCCUGCUGCUCCCGGGAGAGCUGGCCAAGCACGCCGUCUCAGAGGGCACCAAAGCCGUCACCAAGUACACGAGCUCCAAGUAGCCAGACAUCACCUCUCCAAUGGGACCAUCGAGCACCGGACCCUCCGCGCAAGCACAGGUAGGCAGCCGCGGUCCAGAUAAAUGUCACAGCUAUUAUCCACAGCAAUUUACAGCCUUGGGAUGGGCAUGAGAAGCUGCCUGGUGGAAGAGGAGACGGUGAUCUGGAUGUCAGCUGAUUUUCAUAGUCUGUUCGGGACGUGCAACAGGUUCGGCAAGGCUGAUGGAGGAGGCCCCUGCUUUCACAUCUCAUCCGAAGGACUGACCGACUGUAGUAUAUCCAAACUCUCCUCUGUGCUUGGCAAACAUGCAUGUUUGGCGCUGGCGGGGGAGACUGGCAGCGGCAACACAGAGACACCGUCUCUGAAGUCUUCCUGUUUGGCUGCUUUCUCACAGUCAUCCGAGAUGGGCACCAAGGAGUCAGCGCUGGUAUGCUCUCCCUCGUAGCCCAGAUUCAUCCUCGUGUACAGCGGCAUAGCCCACCCCAUGCCAGCAGAAGUGGCAUUGACAGCUACUGGGCACGGGCGGUAGAAUAAAAUCCGUAUUGAUUCAACAGCUCUCUGUGCUUGACAGCCUGUUUUAAAGAGCAAGCCUGGCAGGCAGGCAGAUGCCCAGGAUGAUACCAAGCAGUGUUCCUCCUCGUCACUCCCAAUGGAUGAGCCACCAAGCAGGCUGAGGGUGCCGGCGCUGGAGCUGCCCGCUGCCUCCCACCUUGUGCCAAG